AAAAAAAAAAAAAAAAAAAAAUGGAAUUAGGAAAGAGGGAAGAACGGCAGGCAAACCAUAAAAGCUGUUUUUGGGUUGUUCCCCAAUUUUGCCACUUGUUGUGAGACAGAGAGAGCUUUUUUUUUUGUUCAACUACGCUCAUUCUUUUUUUUUUUUUUUUUUUUUUUGCUAUAUAUGAACAGUUGAACGUUGUUCGGCUGUUGUCGUUGUGAAAGAAGGAACCCCAUUAUCUUUUACCUUCCUUCUUCAAAUACCUUACUCGGUGGGUUUAAAAUAUCCCCCGCCCUCCCAUUUGGGUUUCCAGAAACCCCCAAAGCUGCUCCGUACGGCCAAAUUCUCUUCAUUUUAUUUUUUCCGGAGGGAAGCAAUUGUUCUGUUCCAUCCUUCUCCGCGGGUCACCGUCCUCCUGCUGCGGAGAUUUUGGGUUUCUGGGUAAAGUUUUUCCACCCGCCAAAAAUGGUUUGUUUGGUAGCAAGAUCUGGAAGGGAGUUGCAGAGAUACAAUCCCACGGGCGGCCGUCAAGUCGUCGGAUGCAUUCCAUACAGAUUCAAGAACUACGAUGAUGGUUCGAUCUCUGAUGAAUUGGAGGUUCUUGUCAUCACAUCUCAAAAGGGUGGUUCAGGCAUGAUGUUCCCUAAGGGUGGUUGGGAACUCGAUGAAUCUGAACAAGAAGCUGCUUCUAGAGAAUCAUUUGAAGAGGCUGGAGUUCUUGGCACAGUUGAGGAUCAAUUGGGGAAAUGGAACUUCAUGAGCAAAAGCAAUGGCAUAUUCUAUGAAGGGUAUAUGUUCCCUUUGUUUGUGACUGAGCAAGUCGAUUUUUGGCCAGAGAGGCAUGUCCGCAGAAGAGUAUGGGUAUGCCAACUUUCUCCCCUCGUCCAUGACCUUGUGGAUAGAGAUGCGUCUAGUUCCAAUAUGCUAAUCGAAUCCGAUUUCCUCUGUUUCAAUUUCAGAUGAGCGUCGAUGAGGCCAGGGACGCUUGUAGGCACUGGUGGAUGAAGGAGGCUCUCGAUGUAUUAGUGGCGCGGCUAAAGUGCCUGAACCCAGAAGACAACGAAGAAGAAGAAGAAGAAGAGGGACGAGAAGUAGAAAUACAAGGAUAUGGACAAGAACAAGAUGAAGUAUUAACUUGCACGCCUAGUUAGCCGACUACUCAAUCGUCAUCGCCUUGUAUAUACAUAACCAUUUGACGGUCACAGAGCAGCAGGCAAGGCAGGCAGGCUUUUUCCCAGUUUUGCUUUCAAACCAUGAAGGCUGGCUAAGGGAAGUUUGUUCUGAUUGGAGGAGAGUUGGUUUAGGACUGACAGAGACCAACAGAAAAGCAGCUCACAAAGGAUUCGCACCAACCAACCAUUACUGUAGAAGCGUUGAUAGAAGAAGAAUGCUCUGCUUAUGGGUAUUCCAUUCCUCGAUGUCUUGAUCCAGAAACAUAAUAUUUCCCAAUCUGGUGUCUUGUAUGCAAUUGCAAAGUAGAGAGAAAAAAGGAACCGGAAGAACUGGGAGGAUGUACAUUUUGUUCUUUCUUCUUGAGUCAAUUUGAGUUUCCAUUUCAAAUUUGUUUGGCCACAUUGCUUGCUUCAUUCCUAAUUU